UUUAAUCAUGUUGGCGUGUGAUAUUCUCAUUCUUUGAGUCAACUUUUAAACCGGAACUUGUUUACCUUGGAUUUUCAAAUCAGAUCGCAAAAUGGUAGCGGAGAAGAACAUAAUAAAUAAAAAGAGGCAUUUGAAAAAUGAUCAGUUAGUAACAGUCUUACUUUGUGCACUUGCAAUACCUUUAUCCAUGUCCCUGUGGAUAAUUAAUAUAAUUUAUUCAAAGUUUUUAAUGGAGCAUGAAGGCCUUGAUGAACCUGUAGUAAUCUCACCAGCGCGAUGGCUCGCGUCCUGCUUUAUUCCCGUAAUAAUAGCUUUUUAUGGCUAUAAAAAAGGCAGCGUAAACCUCAGUGGUGCUUUACUGGGUAUCUUGGUUGCAUUUGUUCUCACAUUGAGCAAUUUUAGCUUUUUGGCAUCUCUGUUCACCUUCUUCCUGUCUUCCUCUAAAGCUACAAAAUUCCGGUCACAUUUAAAAAGAAAGAUUGAAGAGGAUUUUAAAGAAGGAGGCCAAAGAAACUGGUUACAAGUUCUUUGUAAUGGUGGAAUGGCAACUCAAAUUGGGCUGCUAUAUUUACUUGAUGUUGGAGCUUCUGAGAGACCAAUAGACUUUGGAAAGGAUUACAGAGCUUCCUGGCUAUCUAUGAGUGUGCUUGGUGUUUUUGCAUGCUGCAAUGGCGACACCUGGGCUUCAGAACUCGGCACUGUUCUGUCAAAGUCUGAUCCAUUUCUAGUCACUUCAUUCAAGAGAGUGCCAAAGGGUACAAAUGGAGGGAUAACACUCAUUGGCACAUUGUGCAGUACCAUUGGAGGUCUAGUCAUUGGGUUGUCUCAGUAUUUAACUAUGCUGUACUUUACUGAUAAGACUAUGCUUAUGUAUGCACCGCCUCAGUGGCCGAUGAUUGUGUUUGGAGCGUUUGCUGGAUUUUUGGGUAGUUUGAUAGAUUCUUUUAUGGGAGCUACACUUCAGUAUUCUGGUCUCGACACCGAAGGGAAAAUAGUAUCUCAUCCAAAUCAAACUACUGUGCAUGUGAGUGGCAGAAGUAUUUUGGACAAUCACAGUGUAAACCUCAUAUCAACUGUAGUAAUGGGCCUGCUUAUGCCUACGAUAAGCAGAAGCUUAUGGCAUCUGUUCUAAAAUGUUCAACACAAACAAAAUUGUUGUUUUUAAAAGAUCAAAUAAUAAAUAUCAUAAUAAAACCUAGUAGAUUUUGUUAAGAAAAAGUACUUAAAAUAGUAAUGAAAUAUUAAUUUAUUAUUUUUGAAUAAA